UGGGUUGAACAUCCAGGUUCGACACGUCACUUGCCAUGGAGAUCUGCGUGACGCUGAUGAGCGGGCAAGCGGCCUGGGUCAGAGCGCAGCCGGAGAGCCGCAUGGAUCAGAUCAAGCGCGAUGCGCAGAAGGCCCUGAAAGUGGGGCUCUACGCGCUCGUGAACCCUAGCGGCACGCUGUUGAAGCCAUGGAACCGUGCCAAGGAGGUUGGACUGAAAGAUGGCUCGGCGGAGUCACCGGGGUGGUGCGCCGGGUGGAUUUGGCCGGGGGCCGCUUCGCGCGCUCCUUCGCGCUGCUGCGGGCGGAUGGGCAAGUGGUGAGCUGGGGCCAUCCCAGCUGCGGGGACAGCUCCCGCGCUCAGCUGCAGCUCCGGGACGUGGCCAAGGUCUUCAGCAGCUGCGGCGCCUUCGCGGCGAUCCGCUGCGACGGCACGGUGGUGACCUGGGGCGACGCCAACUGCGGAGGGAACUGCCGCAGAGUGCAGCAGGAGCUGAGGGACGUGACGCAGAUUUGCGCGGCCAACGUGCCGCCGUACCGACCGAUCAUCGAGGCAGCUUUCGCGGCCUUGCGCAGCGACGGGCGCGUGGUGACCUGGGGCAGCGAGGUCUGUGGGGGCGACAGCCGAAACGUCCAGGAGCAGCUCUCGGGGGUGGUGGAGCUAUGUGCCACCUGCUCGGGCGCCUUUGCGGCGCUGCGCUCGGACGGCCGGGUGGUCACCUGGGGCGAGGACCGGGAGGCCACAGAUCUCUCGGGGACUCCUUUGGCCUGUCGACCCAACUCGGACGACCCGGCGAAUCCGGCGCGGCGCGUGGCACGGCUCUUCGCGACGAACUUGCGGAGCUUCGCGGCGCUGCUCAGCGACGGCUCGGUGGUGACCUGGGGCUGCCAAAUCGCGGGAGGCGACAGCAGCCAGGUGCAGCACCAGCUCUUUGGCGUCAAGGAGAUCGCGGCGGUGGACUUCGCUUUUGCCGCGCUCAGGGAGGAUGGGCAGGUGGUGACCUGGGGCAACCCCAAGCUCGGCAGCGACUCCUGCGCGGUGCAGGCGCAGCUGGUCGAGGUGCAGCAGCUGGCCGGCACCGCCAGCAGCUUUGCGGCGCUGCGGUCCAACGGCUCGGUGGUGACCUGGGGCCAGGCGAAAGCCGGGGGCGACAGCAGCCGGGUGCAGGACCAGCUGCGGCAGGUGCAGCACAUCGUGGCGGCGGAGAGCGCCUUCCUGGCGCUGCGGAAGGAUGGCCGGACCGUGAGCUGGGGCCGGGCGGACAUCGGGGGCGACAGCUCGGAGGUCCAGGACGAGCUCAGACACGUGAUAUCCAUUUCCAGCACCAGGCAUGCAUUUGCCGCCAUCCGGGCAGAUGGCCGCGUAAUUACCUGGGGCAGCGCUCAUGAGGGGGGCGAUAGCAGCAGUGUGAAAAUGCAGCUGCUGGAUGCUUUCGGAAUCAGCUGAUCCCACAGGCAGGAGCAGCUACACAGAUCAUUGGCCCAGCAGAGGUCUUGCUUGCCAAAGGUCGCGAGCUUUUAAGCAAGGUGACGCUUUCAGUGUGCUAGGGCGCGGUUCCUGUUUGGAAAGCCAACUGGCGUUCCAGCUGUGUUUAGUGAAAAGCUCAUAGUACGGAUGCCCAGCACCUGCAUACA